GACUCGACGAUUCAUCCAAAGAACCUCGUUCUUCAAUGUCCGACAUACAAACAAGUCUCUGGAUGUUUACAGUUGUUCUGCGAAGAUUUCAGAACAAAUGGAAGUCCUACCGACACAGGUUUGUGCCUUGGGUAGUCUUCAACCUGUCUAAAAAUGAGAAAACACUGCGGAAUGUGACUGAGCGCUCGAAAGACAAGCUAGUCCCCGAUGAGGAGGUUUCGCGGAGCCUGCUGACGCUCUUCAGAGCCCUGUUCAGGAGUCAUGGGUUUCAUCAGAGGCAGUUCCAGACUCCGUUUAUGCCGCAGCUAACAAGUGAAGCAGAGCAGGUUGGAGGAGAUCCGGUGUGCGGACAGGAUGCCAUGUUACAGACACUGGGCUUCUGCAUUGAGCGGAAACCUAGCACUUUGCCAUUCGCAGGAAGCGGAGUCUUUGUCACCAAGGGAUUUGUACCCAAAGGAGCAACAGUUGCAAUGUAUCCUGGCACUGUUUACCAACCCUAUGAGCCCAUUCUCCUUCAGUCUAUCAGAAACCCCUUUGUAUUCAGAUGCAUUGAUGGCAUCCUGGUUGAUGGAAAUGACAAAGGCAUCUCUAGGAUGGUGUUCAAGUCGUGCAGUGGAAGAGACAGAAUAGGUCCUUUCUUGACCAGCGACACAAGCUGGCUGACAGACACUCCCCAAAACCCCCUGGCUGUGGGUCAGUAUGUGAACAACUGCUCUGACGAGAGGCCUGCCAACGUGUGCUACCAGGAGUACGACGUGCCAGACAAGUUUCCCAUUGAGCUCCACCAGUAUCUCCCUAACGUCAACUACAGCCAGGGUACACAGAGGCGUCUGCGGUGUGUUGUGCUAGUGUCGCUCAGGGACAUUUCAGCAGGGGAGGAACUCUUCUCUAACUACUACACCAUUGUGCAUUAAUAUAGUUUCCAAAAGCCUGCAUUGGUGACAUUCAAACAUAUCUCCACUUUAUUUAAUUAAAGGAAAAAAAAGGAAAAAUCAAACCGCUCCCUUUGGAAAAAAGGCAAAGCUUUUUUUUGUUGUAUGAUGUAUUGUGUUGUUGGCUGUUUUAACUGAGCAACUGUGGAUGAAUAAAGUAUUUGUAAUCUUA